UCCAGCCCCUGCCCUUCUGACACUGCCUCCCCACUGGGGCGAGCUGGGAUCGUGCCCCCUGAGCCGGGCUCGCUCCAGCCGUCCCGCGCCGUUGGAAGCGCCUCUGCAGACGGCAAGGUUGUCCGGUGAUUUCGGACAUGGCCUCGGAGGCGGUGAAGGUCAUAGUGCGCUGCCGGCCCAUGAACGAGCGAGAGAAGGCGCUUAGCUGCCAGGCCGUGGUCGGCAUGGACAGCCCCCGGGGCCAGUGCUUUAUCCAGAACCCGGGGGCCACUGACGAGCCCCCGAAGCAGUUCACCUUCGACGGGGCGUACUAUGAGAGCCACAACACUGAACAGAUCUACAAUGAAAUUGCCUACCCGCUGGUAGAGGGUGUUACUGAGGGCUACAAUGGCACCAUUUUUGCCUAUGGCCAGACUGGCAGUGGGAAGUCAUUUACCAUGCAGGGCAUUGUGGACCCUCCUACACAGAAAGGCAUAAUUCCCAGAGCAUUUGAACACGUUUUUGAGAGCGUACAGUGUGCUGAAAACACCAAAUUCUUGGUGAGAGUCUCUUACCUGGAGAUCUACAAUGAAGACAUAAGAGAUUUGCUAGGAGCCCACACCAAGCAAAAGUUGAAGUUGAAGGAGCACCCAGAGAAGGGGGUGUAUGUGAAAGGACUCUCCCUGCACACCGUGCACAGCGUGGCCCAGUGCGAGCGCAUCAUGGAGACGGGUUGGAGAAACCGAGCAGUGGGCUACACCCUGAUGAACAAGGAUUCUUCCCGCUCCCACUCCAUCUUCACCAUCAACAUGGAGAUCUAUGCUGUAGAUGAGAGAGGGCAGGAUCACCUGAGGGCUGCAAAACUCAACCUGGUGGAUCUGGCUGGAAGCGAGAGGCAGUCCAAAACCGGAGCCACAGGGGAGCGUCUCAAAGAAGCCACCAAAAUUAAUCUCUCUCUCUCAGCUCUGGGCAAUGUCAUCUCAGCCCUGGUAGAUGGCAGGUGCAAACACAUCCCCUAUCGAGACUCAAAGCUGACCCGGUUGCUGCAGGACUCCCUUGGAGGAAACACCAAGACCCUCAUGGUGGCCUGCCUGUCUCCUGCUGAUAACAACUACGACGAGAGCCUCAGCACUUUGCGCUACGCCAACCGGGCAAAGAACAUCAAGAACAAGCCCCGUAUCAAUGAGGAUCCCAAAGAUGCUCUGCUGAGGGAGUAUCAGGAGGAGAUCAGGAAGCUGAAGGCCAUUUUGGCUGAACAGAUGAACACAAAUAACUUGUCAGGUCUGUUACCUGCUGAGACUGCUCAGCUGGAAGUGAAGCCAGCUCUCCUACCUGAACCCCAGCCAGAUGUCGAGGCAGAGAAGCAGCUGAUCAGAGAAGAGUAUGAGGCGAAGCUGGCCCGGCUGAAGGCAGACUAUGAAGCCGAGCAAGAGUCCCGCGCCCGACUUGAGGAGGACAUCAAUACCAUGCGGACUUCCUACGACCGCAAGCUGUCCACUCUGGAGGAAAACCUCAGGAAGGAAGCAGAUGCUGUCCUGGGGGUUGAAACUCUCCCUGACCAGGCACCUUUGUCUCCAGGCCCUGUUGUCACCGUUACAGAAACAGAACAGGUGUCCGCCAAGGACACAGCAGAGCCUCAGAUAGCCCAGUACGUCGGGAGUGUGACCAGAGAGAGUCCUGGAGCAGAAGUAGCCAUUGCUGCUGAGGAGCUUCCAGUGGCUGUGGACCAGCAGCAAGUGCUUGCCAGGCUGCACAUGCUGGAACAACAGGUGGUUGGAGGAGAACAGGCCAAAAACAAGGACCUGAAGGAAAAGCACAAACAUCGGAAAAAAUAUGCAGAUGAACGGAAGAAGCAGCUGGUGGCAGCACUGCAGAAAAUUGAUGAGGACAGCAGUGACUGGGUCCUGCUCAAUGUCUAUGACUCUAUCCAAGAGGAGGUGCGAGCCAAGAGCAAGCUGCUGGAGAAGAUGCAGAAGAAGCUGCGAGCUGCUGAGACCGAAAUCAAAGACUUGCAGUCAGAGUUUGAGUUGGAGAAGAUUGAUUAUCUUGCCACCAUCCGCCGACAGGAGCGGGACUGCUUGCUCUUUCAGCAGCUUCUGGAUCAGGUGCAACCCCUCAUACGGCGUGACUGUAACUAUAGCAACCUAGAUAAGAUCAGAUGCGAGUCCAUCUGGGAUGAGGACAGCGGCUGCUGGAAACUCCCAGAGCUUGUCAUUCAAAAAACCAGCCUUCCCGCAGCAGUUCCAUCACUGCCACAGACUAAGCCAGCCAGGAAGAGCGCCUCAGGCGAGAACGGAGAGCUGCUGAUGCAGGAAGAAGACCGCUACAAACUGAUGCUGAACAGGAGUGACAGUGAGAAUAUUGCCAGUAACUAUUUCCGGUCCAAGCGAGCCAGUCAGAUCCUCAGUGCUGAUCCUAUGAAGAGUCUUGCCCAUCAUAACUCCCCUCCUGUGCUGAGCGCACCCCUGAACAACAACACCUCCAGCAUGGCACCAGUCUCUCCUUCACAGACUGUGGAGAUGCCCCAGCCACGUCCUUUCCGCCUUGAGUCGCUUGACUUCACCACACCGUCCUCCAAAACAAAGCGCAAGAAGGGCAAAAACAGCUUCAGCAGUGACCCCUUCUGAGUGAACUGGCCUCAGGUGAAUACGGAUCCUUCUGAUUGUAGUGGCCUUCAUGGACUCCAGUUCCCGUGGCCCCUGAUGGCAGUGUCUGCUCAGAUUGCAGCAACCUACCUUGGCAGUUACCCUCUUAACGAUAUAGAAUUUGGUGGCAGCAAUCCUCUUAUCACAGCGGCUUUUGGAAGGGACAGUUUGACUUUCCUUUGAGUUUAGGGUCAGUGGAGACAAAUGCUGCUUCCAGAGGUUUUGAAGUCUGUAGUGACAACUCCAGGUUCAAGCUGGGGCUGGCACAUUCCUCCGUUACCUGCUUCCCUGCCACGUGUGUGCAGCCAGCACCAUAUAUUUAGUCUUCCAUUCUGGUCACUGCCAUGCCCAGCCAAACCUCUGUACUUGGAGUAAAAUCUUUAGUGAUGUGAGGCAAUUCCUCAAAAAAAAGCCUUAAAAUCACUUCCUGUAUUUCCCAAUGCAAGUUUCCUAGACAGAACUUACUUGUUUCCUUUUGGAUGUCACAGCCACAACUUGAGCUCACGCCCCAUACAGAAUUCGCCUGUCUUAUUCCUCACUGUAAUAAGACAGUGAGAGGUUCUGGCAGCAUCGCUACCAUAUCACAGCCAUUUCUGCUUUCUCUUUUCUUGAGAAAGAGUCUGAAACUGACAUCAUUUAUGAGACACAAACUCAGUUCUCCAAGGAAAUACGGUUUGCAAAUUUAUUCCCUGACUCCUCUAGAUCAGAUCAAAUCGGAAACUGCAGUUCAGUGAGACAGUGGAAAUGAUUGCUCCUGUCCUUGUGUUCAAGAUGUUAGUUUUGUAAACUAUAUGUUGACUGUUUAUAUUUUAGUCAUUUAUCUUAUGUGCAGGACAUCUGGUUAAUGAUCACAAUACAUUGCCUUUUAAUGACAAACUCCG